AUGGAGGAAGUGAGGCAGCUGGUGCAAGAAGAAGGCCGGGAGGCACGAAACCUGGUCGCUUUUCAUGUUGCCGUGGAUACUCCAAGCCGCAUCUCUCGGAAACCACCACGCGCUGGCCCUCCACCACGCCGAGCGACUCCUCGACCUGCAACACGUCUACGAUCUGCUUCGGCUGGAAGAGACAAACGUUCCGAGCUACGUGCCCGUUAUUGGGCGUUACUGUUUGGUGACUUGCAGCGAGCGAUUGGAGAAAUCUACAAUACUGUCGAGGCUCAUGAAAACCUCAGCGAGUGUCAAGAGGUCAUCCUGGUGUUAGAGAACUAUACACGAGAUUUCAAAGCGCUGGCCGAGUGGUUUCGACUGAAAUGGGAAUACGACAAUACGCCUCCCCCACAAAGGCCGCAAAGCCUAGCGUGGGAGAUUAGAAAGACUGAUUUCGUACGACCAGACUCACGUCGAGCUUACUCCGUUAAAAGUUCACCAUCAGUAUCAGGCAAAAAUAGUCCUUGUCUGUCUGGACAUAAUACUCCAAGUGGCAAAAACAGCCCGAACCUUACUGGCAAAGCUAGUCCGGGCAGUGGAAAAAUAAGCCCAAGGAUUACCGGACAUUCCAAUACCAAUAGCCCUAAAGCUAAUAUCGAGUUUUUCAGCAGCAAAAUUGCUUCGAAGAUCACUGCUAAGCCCGAGCCUAAGUCCGUUUUAGAGUUAUUAAGGCUGUCGGAUAUUAAAGAAAAGGAAGGCAAUAACAUUAGAGAAGAGGUUGAUGUCUCUCUCAACAACAAAAUCAACCAUGACCCAGUUGAAGAAAAAGAACAGCCUACAAAUGAUCCUGUAGUCGAAUUAGGUAAAGCAAAAGAAUAUCAAAACACUUGCCCUAAAUUGGUCGUUAUUAAGUCACCUAAACGCACAGUAUUAGCUAAAGAAGGCACUAAGACAUCAUCCACAUCUGGUGACGAUAUUUCUAGCCAAGCAAAAGCAACAAUCGCUAAAUUAGAUGCAAUGGAAAAUGAAUUUUUAGCUAAACAUCUGACUGAAAACUUUGCAAAAAAUGAUAAUCAAUUAAAUCUGGAUAAAGAAAAUGAGAGUGUUCUUAUGACUGCAAGUGUAACUAACAAAGAGGCUAAUCUACCAGAGAAGACCUCCACAGACGAUAAAGCAAGCACAACAACAGAAUCACCUGUCAAAUCUGAAGACAAUUUCGCAGAUGUAUCUAAUGAAAGCUCUUGCAAAACUCCCGAUAGUGAUGAAAAACUUUUAUCACAAGAAGAAAAAGUAAAUGAAGAAAAUAAAAUUGACACUGAAGUAGAUUCCUCAGUAUUAAAAGAAAUAAAUAUGGACCAAGAUUCUAAAGUUAUAGAAUCAAGUGAUGAAAUGAAAGUUUCGCUAAAUAACCCGUCAGUUGAAAUUAUCCAAGAUUCUAAUGACAGGGAGCAAAUAAAAGAUAACGCACAAACUGAUGUAAAAGAUGUAAAAAAAGAUGCAAAAACAGUAAUCGAAAAGCUGCCAACUAGACCGGCUUAUUCUCAAGCGGCGGCUAAACCAAAGCCUGUUACCACGCCUAAACCAGAAGCAAAAAAUCAAACCCGACUCAUAACUAGAAGCAAAACAGUCAUAGAAAUUCGUCCAAGUACAUCUCAGAAAACUCUUAAUCGCAAUGAGCCUAGGAAUAGAAAUCAAACAAACAAAUGCAGCUAUCCUUUUAACCUAACAACAGGUCGUACUAGUCUAUUUGAUGCUCCUAAUAAGACAAAUCUGUCCAAAAGACCAAUUAAUAGAAUGCCACAGUCAGGAUCUGGAGAUAAUAAAAGUGCUCUUAAACUUGAAACUCGUGUCAGGAAAAGACCACCUAGACCUACAAGUUUAAAAAUUAAUGAGAAAGGCGAUAAGAAAGAAAAUAACAUUGCUUUAGAAAAUAUUAAGGACUGUGAUGAAUAUGGCAGCUCUGAAACUAUUAUACCUCAAAGGGAUGUAUCUAGGAUAGAAUCAAGUGAGAGUCUUAAAACGUUAGUCCCAGAUGAUGUCGGCAAUUCUAUCGAAGUACUUAACGUUGAAAAAAUUAAGAGCGAUGACGAUGGCUGGCUUACAGUAAAAUCGAGGCGUUUAAGUCGCGAAUCGAAGAAGCAAUUGAAGUCACAUUGGAGUAACAGAUUUCACCAACCUUCGGCAACUACUAGUCUACCAACCUUAAAUAUGAUUGAGUCUCCAAAACAAGAAGCAAAGGAGAUAGUUUCUAGCAAAAAAUUCGAUCGUGCGAAAUCUGAACAACCUGAAAACAUGUCGCCUUUAAAGCAAUGCAAUCUUCAAAAUAAAAUUCAAACAACUAAAGAAGAACCCAAGAUAAACGAUGCUCCAAAACCAGACAUUGUUGUGAUUAAGCCUUUUGAUAACACACAAGACGUACCAAAAAUAAAAGACUCUUUUAAGUCAGACGAGUCUACUAAAUCUAAUGAGGUAUUAAAAUCGAAAGACGAAGCAAAAGGAACCAAAAAAGAUCUAGCCAUGAUCCGCCAAAAGUCAGAUGUGACUGGUCUGAAAACAAGAUCAUCGCGAACCAGAGCGUUGAAGAAAGACAAAAUCAAAGAUACUCCAAAAAGCAAUGGUUCAGAGCUAACUAAGAAUCGCCUACAUUCCUCUUUAGAAAGUUUGACUACUGGGUUAGCUCGUUCUCAGGAAAGCACCCGAGAAAUUUUCGAUUUCGACAAAUGGAAGGCAGAGUUCAAAACCACAUUCAAAUUUCUCGAUGACGACGACCAAAUGCCAAAUCACAAUGAAAUAUUAAAAACAGCGGAUCCUUCGGAGAUGUCGGAAAUAGCGGAGAUGACGUCACUCAUAGAGGAGAACGAAAGGAAAAUCAGUUGGGCGUUAGAUUUUCAAUCGGAAGUGGACCAACAGAAACUGUGCGAGGAAGAGGAUCUGUUGAAUAGACAGAUCAUGGAACUUCAGCAGGUUUCCGAUAUUGAUUUGGAUACUGAGACUGAUGAUACUGAGACUGAUGCCGAAAUACUAUGUGAAGAUACUUCUGCUUGUAUAAAUCAAUCCACGGAGAACCUGGCCUCUUUGACGGCUAGUCUCGAAGAUCAGUACGAAACAGCUCUGGCUGGUAUGUCGUGGGCAGAGAGGGUCGACACUCUCGGGGCGCUUGAAGCUUUGGUGGCCAGAGAUCCAGGUCGAGCCCAACAGUUACACGCUAAGCUGUCACAAGGCAUCAAGCGUCGAGGCAGCUUGCAGGAUGCCUUGAGACGACUCCAAGCGAAACAAGCGAGAGCAGAACGACAGAGGAAUGAGUACCAGACUGAAAGAGCGAGGAAGAUCCACCAGCUUUUGGCUAAAGUUGAAGAAGUUAAGGUAGCUAAAAACCAAUUGAUCGAAGAGAAACGGUUGAGGAUGGAGCGCCGACUUCAAAAGGCAGCUGAGAACAGGGAUCAACAUUUAAAGGAUAUAGUCCGCAAAGCUCAUGACGAGGAAGAGAAACUUCGUGAAAUAGCAUUUAUCAAGCAACUAGAAGCGGAGAACAGAAGACACGAGUUCCUCGAUCAGUGCCGCUCUCACACCACGCGCCUUCGUCUCAUGAGGAGGGACAGACUGUCCAAAUUGGAACAAAAAGCGGCGCGUGAAGCGGCUGUAGGCGCUCGCAGACAAGCGCUUGAAGCGGCGCGCAAGCUGCACGUCGAGACGCUCCUGGAGAAACGGAAGGAGAGGGAUGCCAGGGUCGAGGAGCUCAAGGAGCUGAAGAAACAGGAGAGGGACGAUGCUGCGAGGGAGAAGGCGGAAGGCGUGAAGUCCCGCCUGUCGGCGCUGGCGGCGGCGGCCGAGCUGGAGGCGCACGCGCUGCGCUCGCGCAUCCGACACAAGCAGGACGCGAGCCAGCAGCGCCUCGACAAGCACCUGCAGGCCAUACGCGAGAAGGCCACCGGGCCCAGGCAGCCGGCAGCCGGUAACUAUACCUACACUAUACUGCGCUCGCGCAUCCGACACGAGCAGGACGCGAGCCAGCAGCGCCUCGACAAGCACCUGCAGGCCAUACGCGAGAAGGCCACCGGGCCCAGGCAGCCGGCAGCCGGUAACUAUACCUACACUAUACUGCGCUCGCGCAUCCGACACGAGCAGGACGCGAGCCAGCAGCGCCUCGACAAGCACCUGCAGGCCAUACGCGAGAAGGCCACCGGGCCCAGGCAGCCGGCAGCCGGUAACUAUACCUACACUAUACUGCGCUCGCGCAUCCGACACAAGCAGGACGCGAGCCAGCAGCGCCUCGACAAGCACCUGCAGGCCAUACGCGAGAAGGCCACCGGGCCCAGGCAGCCGGCAGCCGGUAACUAUACCUACACUAUACUGCGCUCGCGCAUCCGACACGAGCAGGACGCGAGCCAGCAGCGCCUCGACAAGCACCUGCAGGCCAUACGCGAGAAGGCCACCGGGCCCAGGCAGCCGGCAGCCGGUAACUAUACCUACACUAUACUGCGCUCGCGCAUCCGACACGAGCAGGACGCGAGCCAGCAGCGCCUCGACAAGCACCUGCAGGCCAUACGCGAGAAGGCCACCGGGCCCAGGCAGCCGGCAGCCGGUAACUAUACCUACACUAUACUGCGCUCGCGCAUCCGACACAAGCAGGACGCGAGCCAGCAGCGCCUCGACAAGCACCUGCAGGCCAUACGCGAGAAGGCCACCGGGCCCAGGCAGCCGGCAGCCGGUAACUAUACCUACACUAUACUGCGCUCGCGCAUCCGACACAAGCAGGACGCGAGCCAGCAGCGCCUCGACAAGCACCUGCAGGCCAUACGCGAGAAGGCCACCGGGCCCAGGCAGCCGGCAGCCGGUAACUAUACCUACACUAUACUGCGCUCGCGCAUCCGACACAAGCAGGACGCGAGCCAGCAGCGCCUCGACAAGCACCUGCAGGCCAUACGCGAGAAGGCCACCGGGCCCAGGCAGCCGGCAGCCGGUAACUAUACCUACACUAUACUGCGCUCGCGCAUCCGACACAAGCAGGACGCGAGCCAGCAGCGCCUCGACAAGCACCUGCAGGCCAUACGCGAGAAGGCCACCGGGCCCAGGCAGCCGGCAGCCGGUAACUAUACCUACACUAUACUGCGCUCGCGCAUCCGACACAAGCAGGACGCGAGCCAGCAGCGCCUCGACAAGCACCUGCAGGCCAUACGCGAGAAGGCCACCGGGCCCAGGCAGCCGGCAGCCGGUAACUAUACCUACACUAUACUGCGCUCGCGCAUCCGACACAAGCAGGACGCGAGCCAGCAGCGCCUCGACAAGCACCUGCAGGCCAUACGCGAGAAGGCCACCGGGCCCAGGCAGCCGGCAGCCGGUAACUAUACCUACACUAUACUGCGCUCGCGCAUCCGACACAAGCAGGACGCGAGCCAGCAGCGCCUCGACAAGCACCUGCAGGCCAUACGCGAGAAGGCCACCGGGCCCAGGCAGCCGGCAGCCGGUAACUAUACCUACACUAUACUGCGCUCGCGCAUCCGACACAAGCAGGACGCGAGCCAGCAGCGCCUCGACAAGCACCUGCAGGCCAUACGCGAGAAGGCCACCGGGCCCAGGCAGCCGGCAGCCGGUAACUAUACCUACACUAUACUGCGCUCGCGCAUCCGACACAAGCAGGACGCGAGCCAGCAGCGCCUCGACAAGCACCUGCAGGCCAUACGCGAGAAGGCCACCGGGCCCAGGCAGCCGGCAGCCGGUAACUAUACCUACACUAUACUGCGCUCGCGCAUCCGACACAAGCAGGACGCGAGCCAGCAGCGCCUCGACAAGCACCUGCAGGCCAUACGCGAGAAGGCCACCGGGCCCAGGCAGCCGACCACAUCCGAGAGUCAAGAGAAAGAGUUGGAAGAGGAGGCAGCGAGAUUGGAACAGGAGAGGAAAGACAGGGAGAAACAGAAAGCUAUAAAAAAGAGAGCUAGAAAAAUUAAACAAAAGCUGUUAUCUACGGGCUGCGAAAAAAUCCUACUUGACGAUUCGAUUUUAGACCUAAACACGCCCUACUCAUCGAGAACCAUCAAAGUGAUCAAUCAAUUAAAACAUUUAAUCACGCCCCUACUUAACUCUACCGAACACGAAAGCAAUAGAAACGGCGUCGAGUUCGAUGAACCCGAGAAGAAGAAAAACAAUAAAAAAAACAAAAAGAUCGUCAACGGAGACGUUGAAAAGAAACCAGAGUCGAACAACAACAAUAAAGAAGUGGAAAAGAAUCAAGAAGAGAUGAAAUCUGACAACAAAAAGAGGAAAAAGAAGAAUAAUUGCAACGACAAAGGCGAUAAACCGAGGUUGAGCAAAAGUGGGUCGGUGUGUUCUUCUCUCAGUGAUAUGAGUAGGGGGAGUGGGAAGGGAGAGAAAUCGAGGACUGUUAUUGACAUACAGUAUUUAGAGAGACAGUUGAAUGAAUUGCACAGGAUUAUUGACAAAUCUGAUAAGACUGCAAUUGACAAAUCUUCAGUGCAGAAGGUUCACGGUGUGAAGGUCCUCGGCCAGUUCAUUGCUGUGGCUGCCGAGAGAGAAGACCUCGCUUCACAAAUAACUGUCAGGUCGGUGACGACGAGCGUGGUGAUCGUGUCGCGGUCGAUGGCCACGUGCGCGAUGAGCGCCGCCUACUUCCUCAGCUCCAACACCUGCGUGCACGUCGUCAAGCUGCUCAGCAACCAGCUCGACAAAGAUCUACAAUCAGACCCAAAAGAAAUGGAAUUAGCCAAGCAGCUGGGUGACUGCCUGUCAAUAGCGCUGGACUCAGUGUUGUGUUCUACCAGGCUGUACGAAGAAAGCAAGGACGUGGCAGCAGACGAGAUAGAAGUGCUCACCACACUACGAGCCAGGGCUCACACACUCAUCAGUUACCUGUGUCUCUGCGGGUGUAUAACUCGUGCGGAGAAGGCCGGCGAAGCGAGGGAGAGUAUCCAAACACUGGUCACGGUGUGCGCUGACCUGUGCCACCCCUGCGAUGUAGAUAUCGGUUCAGAACGCGCAUCAGCUACACAAUCUCUUCGGUGCGCCCUAGGGACAGGCGUCUGCGGCUCUCGUGCAGAAUUCUGUGUGCUGUUCGCUCAGGGCGCUGGGUUGGAGCAUAGCGGUGGGUUCGUCAAAGCCGCUCGUACUACACACCUGUUGCGGGCCUUGGCUGAGCUUGAUCAUCAGAUUGUGCAGGAGGCGUUUGGUGAAGGCGGUUGGCCACUCGAGUUUAGAGCAGCUGUAGCAAGACUGCUCUCUCAACAUGCUCCGAACGAUAAAGAAGCGCCGAGGUCUACUGCAUUGCGCUUGAGUAACCAGCGGCUGGAUCAAACCCUGUCCGAAACUAUGGUGUUGGACCUGAUUGUUCUUGUCGGGUUCGUGGUUGUCAACAACCCGCAAUUACAAGAGACUAUAUGUGAUGGAUGGAGCGUAAUCAAGACUCUGUGCACUCUGCCUGCCAACUGGCUGGUCUCACGGGUCCACAGUCAUGUGUUACUACCUACCUUGGUGGUUCUAUCGGAACAUAGUGCAGCGGCGGCAUCUAUAGCAUCGGAGCUUAGUACAGGGAUGCUAGAGGAAUACAUGAAGAGCCCAGAAGCUCAAAAGGUGAAACUAGUACAGGUGAUCAAGCAGGGACGCACGAAGAAAGGUAAGAAGUAA